UGCAUACUGAUUUUGCCUUAGGCCAACUGAUGUUCAUAAAUGUUUCAUAUUCACCGAAACUCCAUCGGGAACUACCUCACCCAGGUCUAUUUCAGCUUACAAGAUGAUUGUUCCAGUGAAUGAACCAGCAUCUUCAGCUAUAUUAAUAUUAGUUUUGCUUUGCUCCGGUUGGUGUUGCCAUGGGGACUCGCUCGAUAAACCUAAUAUUGUUAUAUUGCUUGCCGAUGACAUGGGAUUCGGUGACCUUCAGUCUUAUGGGAACCCCUUAUCGUCAACACCACACAUCGAUGCUUUGGAAAGAAAUGGAUUGAAAUUUACACAAUUUUAUAGUGCUGCUCCGAUGUGCAGUCCAUCACGGGCUGGUCUACUUACCGGGCGGUAUCCCGGCCGCGCAGGUAUCUGGACAAAUGGUGACAAUGAAAAUGCCACGGGCGUCUUUACUCAAGUGAUGACGGACGGACUACCGCAUCAGGAAGUCACAAUCGCAGAAAUGCUAGCAAAACAAGGUUACAUGUCAGCCCUCAUCGGCAAGUGGCAUCUCGGUAUUGGACGCGAUAGAGAGUUUCUGCCUCUGCACCAUGGUUUUGAUGAGUUUUUUGGGAUUCCAGUAUCUCAUAUGGAUUGUCCAUGCAAUAAAUGUUUUUUUCCUCUCGAUGACUGCGAUCGUGAGACCUGUAUCGAAUACCAUGCACCUUGUCAAUUAAUGCUUGGAGACGAAAUUAUCGAACAGCCAGUCAAUUUGAUAAAUUUAGCUGAGCGGCAAGCUAGAGCAGCUCGUAGCUUGAUCCAAAAAUACUCCUGCACAAGAACUCCGUUUUUGCUCAUGUAUUCAUUUUUCCAUCCCCAUGUUCCUCAUUUCGCUGGUAAACCAUAUAGAAAUUCAACAUUAGGUGGUGACUACACCGACUCAUUAGCGGAAUUGGAUUGGCAAGUAGGAGAAGUGAUGGAUGAAUUAGAGAAGAGUGGAGCGAUUGACAAUACGUUAGUCAUCUUCACGUCUGAUAAUGGGUAA